GUUCGGCGUAGCUAAUAUUCGCGCAAUACGUGCAGUCAAUUUGAGACGCUAAAUUUACAUAUUGAAUCUUAAAAGACAAGGAGAUUUUCAUAAGAUAAUCCGUUGAACUAGAAUAUUAUAGGUGUACGAAGCACCGUCGACCCUUCAUCACUCCUUUGAAGCAUUGAUUGGACGUAUUGACUUUGACAAGAUGAAGUGUCAGAAGGGCGACAACGACUCGAUAUUCAAUUCCCCAUCAUCAACUGCGGCGUAUCUAAUGCGUUCAACUUGGGACCCAGUGGCUGAAUCAUACCUUGGAGAUGCCCUUAUGUAUAGUACUAGUAAAAGGGAGGGGGCUGUAGCUUCUGCUUGGCCAACAACAGUGUUUGAAGUCUCUUUGGUAUGCUCGUUCAGAUAAAGAUAUAGAUUUCUGGAUCAUACGUCAACUUUCCCGAAUUCCACCUAGGCGAUAGCAACCUGAUGGAUGCUUUGAACUCGCUGAUAGGGG